CGGAAUGAUGUUGGGUGAUGUUGGGUGGUAAAAUUAAACUGGAAAACGCACCAGUUUCUUCUUGGUUAUGAGUAUUUCUGUAAUAAUUGAUAUCAACAUUUGGAUAACAUCCUACAUUCUACCAUCACCAGCAUGUCAACCCAUUUAUGGAAAGGUGGAAAUGGUCUAUUUUUAAGGCUGCGGCCAGCUAAAUUUUGUGUCCAUCAUCAUAUUUCCAAUCGACUUUUUGUGAGCAAAAAAAGGUUUGCCGACACGCUAAACCUGCCGAAAACUACUUUCGAACUUUGGGGUGCAGGAAAACGUGAAGAAGAUGUACAGAAGGUAUGUGGUUUUUCUGAGCUAUAUUCCUGGCAGAGGACUCAAGAGCAGGAGAAGGAUUUCUGUCUUCAUGAUGGACCUCCUUAUGCUAAUGGGGACCCACAUGUUGGCCACGCCCUUAACAAGAUCCUGAAAGACAUCAUCAACCGUUACAAAUUAUUACAAGGCCAUCGGAUUCACUAUAAGCCAGGCUGGGAUUGUCAUGGACUCCCCAUAGAGCUCAAAGCGCUGUCCCAAAAUAAAGAUGACUUCAGGACGCUGAGCCCUCUAGAUAUCAGGAAAAAGGCAAGAAGAUUUGCAGAGAAGGCCAUCAGCAGACAGAUGCGAGCCUUCAAAAGAUGGGGUGUCAUGGCGGACUGGACUGACGGCUGCUACUACACUUUUGAGAAGGACUUUGAAGCAUCUCAGAUGCAAGUAUUCCAUCAAAUGUAUGAAAAGGGAUACAUCUACCGUGACCUUAAACCUGUCAACUGGUCCCCUUCAUCGAGGACAGCCCUUGCCGAGGCAGAGCUUGAGUAUAACCCCAGCCAUGUUUCUCCUUCUAUCUACGUCAAGUUCCCAAUCUCAAAACUUCCACAGAAACUAUCCAGCUAUUCUGCAAAUCUCUAUGCUCCUAUCUGGACCACAACGCCUUGGACGAUCCCAGCCAAUGAGGCGAUCUGUUACAUAGCAGCUAGGGACUACAGUAUCGUUCAAUGUACAAAGACGGGUGAUAGAUACAUUCUUGCCGCAGAAAGGGUCAACGACAUCACUCAGAUUCUAGAAACAACCCUGGAGACUAUUGUGACCUUUUCAGGUUCUGACUUAGAGGGGGCUGUUUGCAGUCAUCCUAUUAGUCAGAAGACGGUGCCAUUACUACCAGCGUCUCAUGUAAAGAUGACUAUGGGUACCGGACUCGUUCACACGGCACCAGCUCAUGGUCCAGAGGAUUAUGGGAUAGGUGUCCAAUUCAACUUGCCAUUGCAUUGUACAGUUGAUGAAGAUGGCGUCUUUUCAUCAGAUGUUGGUCCAGAGCUAGCAGGAAAGAAUGUACUCACAGAAGCAAAUGACAUCGUUAUUGAAAUGUUGAGAGCCAAUGGAAGUCUACUUCUGCGAUCAGACUAUGAGCACAGCUACCCGUAUGAUUGGAGGACGAAGCAACCAAUCAUCAUCCGCCCUAGUAAACAGUGGUUCAUUAACACUGGUGCAAUUAGAGAAAGAGCAAUGCAAUGCCUUCAAAGUGUGACCAUGCAGCCGAGCCACGCCCUGAACAGCAUGAGGGUGCAGCUAGACGGGCGGACAUUCUGGUGUAUAUCAAGGCAGAGGGUGUGGGGUGUUCCCAUCCCGGUGUUUUACAACAAAAAAACAGACGAGCCAUUUAUUACAAGUGAGAGCUUGAAUCAUGUGACUAAUCUGAUGAAGAAGCAUGGCAGUGAGUGUUGGUGGACAUUACCUAUAGAGGAACUUCUACCUGCUGAAGUAUUGGCUAAGUCUGGUUAUUCUGCAGAGGAUUUUGUGAAAGGUGAAGACAUUUUGGAUAUUUGGUUCGACAGCGGCUCAUCUUGGGCACAUGUGCUGAAAGACACUGGUCAGCAAGCUGAUCUAUACUUGGAGGGUGAAGACCAGUACGGCGCUUGGUUUCAAACUUCACUAUUAACAAGUGUUGCCGUCAAUGACAGGGCACCGUACAAGAAUGUUAUAGGGCAUGGAUUUACGUUGGAUGGCGAGGGAAGAAAGAUGUCAAAAUCCUUGGGGAAUGUGAUCGAUCCAGAUGUUAUCGUCAGUGGUGGACAGAACAAGAAGAAGGAUCCUGUCUAUGGGGCUGAUGUCUUGAGAUGGAGACUAGCAGAGUCCAGCUGGUUGACCAGGGUUCAUAUCAGUCCGGACCACUUUGCAAUGACCAACCAAAACCUAUUAAAGCUGAGGAACACCAUUCGCUACUUCCUAGGCAACCUGUACGACUUUGACCCCUCCAGUGACCUUCAACCUCAUGCCGACCUCUUCCCAACAGACCAAUACGUGCUUCACCUUCUUUUUAUCUACGGGUCAAAGGUCACCGCUGCGUAUGAAGGGUACGAGUUCGGGGAGGUCACGGCAAAGGUCACAGAGCUAGUUCAUGGUAAAAUCUCCUCUUUCUACCUGGAUACUAUGAAAGAUAGAUUGUAUUCGGAAGUGUGCGAUUCCGUUGAGAGACGAUCAUGUCAGACUGUUCUUCAUCACAUGCUAGAGGUCAUUGGGAGGUCAGUAGCUCCUAUUCUACCACACCUGGCUGAAGAGGCAUUCAUCCAUAGGAAAGAUGCAGUCAGUGUCUUCAAGACAGGUUGGUUCAGCUGCGAGCCGACAUGGCAUCAACCGGAGCUGGCCGAAGUCUUUAACUCCCUGAGCAAGAUACGAGAGUCCUUCCUCACGGUCAUUCAUGCACCCAGGAGUAGGGAGUACGAUGUGACGAUAAGCACAUCGGACUCAAGAUUGUUGGGGUAUCUCAAGGGUCUUCAGGAAGACACCACUUCUUGUACUUCUCAUCUCAGUGAACUCAUGAUGGCUUCCUUCACAACCGUUGCUAUGGAGGCAGAGAGGUCACCAACAGAGGGCCAGAUUGUCAUCGACAGUAGUGUUGGCGUCAUAUCCUCUGAUGGUGUAACAUCGGAUGCCCAGUAUAGUCUCCUUAUCCAGCCUGCCAGUCGCCCUCAGUGUCAACGAUGUCGUAAACACACUGCAAAGACUCCCAAUCAACCAUGUAGUAGAUGCGUAGAUGUAAUGUCUGGCGGCUGGGAAUGAGACUACAGCAGGCUGCUGAAUACUAUUUUGUGCCAAUGUGGAAUUUACCCCAAACUCCCUUUUACACUAUUCAAAAGUAAUCAACAUUGUGCAUUGACGUCAUCCAGUCGCCAUCUUAGAGGUAAACUAAUGAUGAAAGCAUUUGUGCGUCUGCUUGUGCACAACUCUAAAGCCAAUCCAUUGUUGUAUGCUUGUUUGAAUGUAAUGAGCAUAUUUCGUAGUUUAUUGGUUCCGAGCCCUGUACAUGUAUAUCCCAAGAUCUGUUGAAUUCUAUACACAUAAUGAAUGUUUAUGAGUGCAA